GUGCAAAGAAAAAUAAAUUACGGGAAAAUUGGUUUAUUAGUAAUUUUUAAGACGCUGUAAAAUAUGGUUUUCCUGAAAAGUAUUAAGAUUUUCCUCUUCAAUUUUCUUACGAUCAUUUAUUUAUUUUAUCAUCCAGUCAACUCGGGUGCUUUACAACUUUCCAAUGAUAAUAUUGAGAUGACAUUAGCUUCAAAUGAAUUAGUGGUAAUAAAUUUUUAUGCUGAUUGGUGUAGAUUUAGUAAUUUGCUUCAGCCCAUUUUCGACGAAGCCGCUGAUAAGGUAAAAGAAGCAUUCCCAGAGCAAGGAAAGGUUGUAUUAGCUAAAGUAAAUUGCGAUGUCGAGUCAUCGGUAGCUCAAAAGUUUCAUAUUACCAAGUAUCCAACGCUUAAAGUGGUGAGGAACGGCCAGACAGCGAAGAAAGAAUAUCGUGGUCAAAGAUCCGCUGAAGCUUUCGUAGAAUAUGUAAAGAAACAGCUAGAAGAUCCAAUUAAAGAAUUAGUAAGCUUAAGAGAUCUCGAAACAUUAGAUGAUAAGAAGAGAAUCGUUGUUGGAUAUUUUGAUCGUCGUGAUUUACCCGAAUAUCAUAUAUUCCGACGUGUUGCGACGAAUUUAAAAGAAGAUUGUCAUUUCUUUGCUGGGUUUGGCGACGUUGUUGAAUCUAUGCAUCCACCAGGCCAACCAAUUAUUGUUUUUCGACCUGAUGUUGCCGUUUCACACGAGAAUGAUGAAACAUAUAAAGGAAAUUAUAAUAAUAUUGACGACCUUAGUAAGUGGGUGCAAGUCAAAUGUGUUCCAUUAGUGAGAGAAAUCACAUUUGAAAAUGCUGAGGAAUUAACGGAAGAAGGAUUGCCAUUCUUGAUUCUCUUCUUCCGUCCUGGAGAUACUGAAACAGUUAAGGACUACAAAGCUAUUAUUGAAAAUGAAUUAUUAUCAGAGAAAACAAAUGUCAAUUUCUUGAUUGCCGAUGGUGACCGAUUUGCUCAUCCACUUCAUCACCUUGGAAAGAGUCAAUCAGAUUUGCCACUCAUUGCCAUCGAUUCAUUUAGACACAUGUAUUUGUUCCCAGAUUUCAAGGAUAUGUACAUUCCAGGCAGACUAAAAACUUUCCUUGCUGAUCUUUAUAGCGGCAAACUUCAUAGGGAGUUCCAUUAUGGUCCUGAUGAGCCUCAAAAUAAAGAAACUGAAACCCCACACCUGCAGCAUGUCGAUCAAAAAAGACCCACAAAUCCACCAGAAUCAACAUUUAAGAAAUUGGGACCAUCAAAGCAGCGAUAUACCAUUUUGUCUCCGAGAGAUGAGUUGUAA